AUGGCCGAGUCCCCCGGCUGCUGCUCCGUCUGGGCCCGCUGCCUCCACUGCCUGUAUAGCUGCCACUGGAGGAAAUGCCCCAAAGAGAGGAUGCAAACCAGCAAGUGCGACUGUGUCUGGUUUGGCCUACUCUUCCUCACCUUCCUCCUCUCCCUGGGCUGGCUGUACAUCGGGCUCAUCCUUCUCAAUGACCUGCACAACUUCAAUGAAUUCCUAUUCCGCCACUGGGGACACUGGAUGGACUGGUCCCUGGCAUUCCUGCUGGUCAUCUCUCUACUGGUCACAUAUGCAUCCCUGCUACUGCUCCUGGCCCUGCUCCUGCAGCUCUGUGGACAGCCUCUGCACCUGCACAGUCUCCACAAGGUGCUGCUGCUCCUCAUUAUACUUCUUGUGGCCGCUGGCCUUGUGGGACUGGACAUCCAAUGGCAGCAGGAGUGGCAUAGCUUACGCCUAUCACUGCAGGCCACAGCCCCAUUCCUUCAUAUUGGAGCAGUCGCUGGAAUCACUCUUCUGGCCUGGACUGUGGCUGAUAUCUUCUACCGUAUCCACCAAAGAGGUGCCAAGAUUCUGCUACUGCUUCUAUUUUUUGGAGUUACCCUGGUCGUCUACCUGGCCCCCCUAUGCAUCUCCUCACCCUGCAUCAUGGAACCCAGAGACUUACCUCCCAAGCCUGGGCUGGUGGGACACCGAGGGGCCCCCAUGCUGGCACCCGAGAACACCCUGAUGUCCCUGCGGAAGACAGCUGAAUGUGGAGCUGCUGUAUUCGAGACCGACGUGAUGGUCAGCUCUGACGGGGUCCCCUUCCUCAUGCAUGAUGAGCACCUGAGCAGGACCACGGAUGUAGCCUCUGUGUUUCCAGCCCGAAUCACAGCCCACAGCAGUGACUUCUCCUGGGCUGAACUGAAGAGACUCAAUGCUGGGGCCUGGUUCCUAGAGAGGCAGCCCUUUUGGGGGGCCAAGCGGUUGUCAGGCCCUGAUCAGAAAGAGGCUGAGAAUCAGACAGUACCAGCAUUAGAAGAGCUAUUGAAGGAAGCUGCAGUCCUCAACCUUUCCAUCAUGUUUGACUUGCGCCGACCUCCACAAAACCACACAUACUAUGACACUUUUGUGAACCAGACAUUGGAGACUGUACUGAGGGCAAGGGUGCCCCAAGCCAUGGUCCUUUGGCUACCAGAUGAAGAUCGGGCUAAUGUCCAACAACGGGCACCCAGAAUGCGCCAGAUAUAUGGACAGCAGGGAGGCAACAGAACUGAGAGGCCCCAGUUUCUCAACCUCCCCUAUCAAGACUUGCCACUGUUGGAUAUCAAGGCAUUGCAUCAGGAUAAUGUCUCAGUGAACCUAUUUGUAGUGAACAAGCCCUGGCUCUUCUCCCUGCUCUGGUGUGCAGGGGUGGAUUCGGUCACCACCAAUGACUGUCAACUGAUGCAGCAGAUGCAUUACCCAGUCUGGCUUAUUCCCCCUCAAACCUACCUAAUGAUGUGGAUCAUUGCCAAUUGUAUCUCCACCUUGCUGCUUCUGUGGACCUUCCUCCUCCAAGGGAGAUGUGCUAAAGAGAGAGAGAGAACUGGUUUAGAAACAGCAGUGCUGCUGACCAGGAUCAACAAGUUCAUAAGGGAGUGA